AUGGAAGAUUUAUUCCAUUAUUUAUUUGUAGGAAGAAAUGCACGAAGCAGCUGGCGAUCUUUCGUCAAGAGGAGUACUGUGCCAGAACUUCAGCAAACGGGAUAUAGACAAAAAGUGUCUUAUACUCUUGUUGAGGAAUGUUGCCAGGGUUACAGCGGCACUAACUGCGAGACACCAAUUUGCCCCACCCCUUGCCAGAAUGGAGGGACUUGCGUGGCGCCUAACAAAUGUUCUUGUCUAGAGAUAGUGGGUGGAGCUAACUGUGAAGAAGCAGUUACAUGUUCCCACUUAAAACCAUGUUUUCCGGGCACCUGCAAUAAUAAUUCUUGUUCAUGUAUCGAAGGCUUCAGUGGAGACUCAUGUCUUCAUCUUGAUGCUUCCAAAUAUACAAAAUUUACCAGUCUGAACAUGAAAUUGAUGAUGGUUAAGAGAUCAGAUAAUCAACUUUUAUACGAGUUCAAAGCAGACGGCUUCUCCUCGUUCCAGUCUCUAUGGGUGGACCGGGCGCUCUAUAACUACUUCGAGAUUUACUUUGAAGCUCUUUUUAAUCCAGACAUACCUUAUCCGCCAUCUUACAUUAGCAAUUAUGGAAUAGGAAUUGUAUCAGCAUCUGUAAAUGUUGUACUUAACAAAAUAGGCCGAGCUGGUGGUGGGACAAUAGACAUAAGUCUGAAUACAACAUUGCCAUGCCCUGGAACCUACAAUGAUACCUCACCAUAUAACGAGCUGCUGAAGUGUAAUAUUUCGUACGGUCAAUUCGACAGGAUCAUCGAAGACGGUGACAAGUUAACGAUACUGGCAGUUACAGAGAUAGGUGGAUUUAGAGAAUUGUGGAACGGUAUAGAUGUUGUCAAAAAGGAACUAUUUAAUCGAAAAAUAACAAAAAGAUCCCUUGACUUCAUGUUCGAUUUUACAAAGCCUAGACAUUGUUCCCGCCACCUUAAUUGUACUGUAAAAAGUAUGCUGCCACUGAAAAUAUCAAAUGAUGCAAGCAAGAAUCCAUUCAAAUUUGAAGUCGAUGGAUGGAAUGACAUUCCCUCAGGGGUCGAAAAAUACUUUUUAGAAAUACAUAAUCUGAAGAAAAAGGCUCAUUUUGAUACAUUAUCGGAAGAAAACCCAAUGAAUCCAUUUUAUCGUGAAGAAAGAAAUGCCUCUUCUCUUCCAUUUCCUGAGUUAACCCCACCUGGUCCUGGAAUUUACUCAUCAAUUGUACAAGUAACAGACAAAGCUAAUAACUCGGAAUUUGCAAGACAAAUCGCUAUAUAUGACCCAAAUUCUACGAUCACAACAACUGCAGAAUCUAACUUUUAUGUCUCCAGUGCAGAAAAACUCAGCAAUCACAGCUGGCAAUCAAGAUGUUCAACGGUGGAAAUCAAGUGGAAAGAUUACUUCAAAAACUCAUAUCAUGUUGAAAAUCACUUCCUACUUUCCGUUGCGGAGUUUCCAAUACAACGAAGAGGCGGUGAUAUAGAAGAGUUGAAAAAUGAAAUAGUGAAAAAAGUGAAAGAAGAAUAUGAUGAUCAUGAUGGAAAAAGAAGUGUCUCUGCCGUGAAUCACAUUAACGGAAUAACUGGAUUUGAAAUAUUCUAUUCAUAUAUAUCAUAUUCAAACUCUUUGGCAGAGAACAAAACAAGCAAUACCACGGCUAUUGGUAAAACCACUGAAAACAGUGUCCCUAAAUCUGAUGAAUAUGACACAGAUAAUUCAAACAAAACAGUAUCCACUGUCCCCACGACUGUCCCCAUGCUCACAAAACCAGCUUGCCUACAGGCACCAAACAAUGGCAACAUGGAAAACCAGUGGAUUGAAAUUGAAAAUAUCACACACAGUUCAUAUAGUCUUUAUCAUGAAUGGAAGGAUGGUGACAGUUUAAAUAUUUCUGUCAGAGCUCGUGAUAUAGUAAACAAUACAAAGACUGAGUCUAGAAUAGUAAGCUUCGAUGGCUCGCAACCAAUUACAAGUGAAGCCAUAUUUACAAAAAAUGUGGGCAACAGAACAUAUGGAUAUUCAAGCAGCGUCCAUAUAAGAGCUUUCGAUAAGCAUAGUGGAGUCCGGCAGAUUCAAUGGCGACUAAAAGACAAGAAUAAUCAACAACAAAUAUACAAAGAAGGAUAUUUUCAAAGCGAUCAAAUCAAGUUUACUGACUGUUCCACGACUGAUGAUUGUUACUGUAUUCCCAUGGGAGAGUGCUACAAAAAGAACAUGGAGUUCGACUUCGACAAUUGUUGGAUGGCCGUUGACAAACACAAGCUGUUUAAUUUCACCUUUAUUCUUGAGAUUGAAGCCUUCAACCAGGCUAUGCUGACAUCCAAUGUUACGCGUUACGAGUUUUCUAAUCUGACAUCCUUCGAUGGAAUUGAAGAUGGUGCUGGAAUAAAAAAUCUUAAGAGGGAGUCUGAGGGGGACGGGGUCAAGUUCACUUGGGAAAAUAUCCCCUCCUGUUAUAGAGUCUCAGACAUCACUAUUUUUGUUUAUACCGAUUGUGACAGAUCGAAACCUCCAAAAGAGAUUACGCUACCUAUAGACAAAACUGAAUAUACGUUAGGCAGUCUGGAGUCAGGAAAAGACUACUGUAUUGAGGUGAUUUCUAACAAUACCGGAAAUCCAGUUUUGGAUUCAUGGAUCAUGAAAACAUCCGCUUUUAUACCCAUUGCCAUGAUUGCCGGAGUCAGUGCAGUUUGUAAUAAAAACAAUUUUAUGCCUGUAAUCGCCAUUCUGCUGGGAAUUCUUCUGAUUUUUUUCCUUAUUUGGAGAAAUGAACACAUAAAGCCAGAGACCAAACGUAGAGUGAGCGAAUUCAUCAAGAGACCUGCAACCUGGAUAAAGGCAAAACGAAGGACUGGUUUUUACAGUGGACGUUUUGAAGACGAAGAUAUUUAUGCUUUUGCCAAAAUGGUUUUCUCUGCAAACGAAGGCUGGUUAUACACAUUUGACGAUAUACAGCUGAAGGGAAAGUUGAAAUCCGGAGACUUUGCUGAUAUCUAUCUAGCGCAACUCUGCAAAAAAGACACCGUUGUCGCCAAAAUCUUAAAAGAGGAUAAAACGGAGGAAGAUUGCCUCGUUCUGAAGGCCAAGAUCAGCUUCUUUGCCAGCGAGGUCCCGCCUCACGAUAACAUUAUAACUUUCCUCGGUUCAGUACUCAACCACCCGUUCUUUGGUCCAUACAUGCUGUUGGAGUAUUGUGAGCUUGGACAAAUGAGGGAGUGGUUGAUAGAUCAGAGAAAUAAAGUAAACGAUGACCUGAUUACAGACUUCUGUAAGAUGGUUCAGGGAAUCGCAAAAGGGAUGGAAGCGUUAGCCAUCAAAGGGAUUGUACAUAAGAGAUUGGCGACAAGGAAUAUCCUUCUGACUUCUCGUCUGGUUCCUAAAGUUUCAGGAUUUGGACCUACGCCUGAGGAGGGCGAGAACGAAGUAAACAAGAAAGAAGCCAGGGGCAGGAAACCGAUAAAAUGGCUUGCUCCAGAGUGCUACGAGUCUAUGAAAAACUGCACUUCAAUGAGUGACGUGUGGGCAUUUGGAGUUGUGAUAUGGGAAAUAUUCAGUACUGGACAAAAUCCCUACCCUGGAAUGGACGUAAAAGUUGUCCCUAUGAAAGUGAAGAGCAGUUACAGAAUGGGUGUUCCUGAAUUCUGUCCUGAAACUCAUGGACUGCUAAUGGAAAGUUGUUGGUCAGCUAAACCCGAGGACAGAGCAAGUUUCACUAGCAUUGUGAAUACACUGGACAGUUACUAUGACGCACGAUUUCCAUGUGAUUUUGCGGCUACAGACGCGGUGUAACGCAUGCGUAAAAUGGAGAAUCUACCAAUAUUCACAUUAAACGUCGCUAUGGAGUUAAAACUUUUUGUCAUCUUAUUGUUUGCAAACACGAUUGGACUUUCUAUUGCUCUAAAAUAUUACAUUUUUCAUUUGGAACAUGUUAGU